CCGGUUUAAGUUGGGCAAGUAGAAGAUUUCAAAUCCGAUAUCAAUCCAUGUCGAAUAGAAUGGAGUUCAAUCAAGUAGUUAUGAUUUGAACUUUGAGUAGAAGAUCAGUUGGAAUUGAGUUUGAGAAUGGAAGUGGUGGGGGGAAGAAAUGGUGUUUGACUUUGGUAGCAGGUAAAGUUCCACUGCAGCAGGUGAAGGCAGAGAAGAGGGAGUUGGAGAGGGUAGUGAGCGGAUUGAGGAGGGUAUUGAAAGACAUGGAAGCGAAACUGGAGCAGUUAAAGAGAGAGAAGUGAGAGAUGAUGAGGAUAGUAAUGAAAAUGGAGAGGGUAUCGAAGGGCAUGGAAGUGGACUGAAGCAGGUGAAGGCAGACAAGGGGGAGAUGAACAUAUUGAUGGAAUUGGAGAUGAGUGUUGGUUUUAGCGAACUUAUUACAACUGCCCCUGAGGAAUAUGAGUUGACAAAACACAAGAAGAAGAUUGAGGAGUUGAAGAGCGAGUUGACAAGAACCCCAAUUGGAAAAGAAACUGAGGGCCACGAAGAGAAGGUUCAUCAAAGUAGCAGAAAUGGAGUUAUAGGAGGAGAAUUAAAAAGUGAAGAUAGAGUGGAUAAAAAUUUGGUCGUUCAACGAAGAGUGGUGGCUAUUGACUCUUUAGGUUUAUGGUUUUUGCAGCUACCAUAACCUAUUUCUAUCUUAAAACGAGGAAUCAUUGAUUGAUUUACUGAAGUAGGUCAAUUCUUUAUUCAACUUACUGAAACUAAUAGAUAAGGAGUGUCUAAUUUUGUGUUUUAUGACUUUGAUCAGGUCUAUUAGUAUAUUGGAGGUAACCCUAAUUUUGUCGUUUGCUCUCAAGUUUUGAUGGUCCCCUCUUACCUUAGUUUUUUGUAUAUAGUUGACUUGAACCAACAACUCUCCAUUUCUUUUUUAUUAGUGGCAUACUGUUCCUAAAAGGAGAGCAUUGAACCCUUCAUGUAAGAUUCCGAGGUUUUAGAUUCAGUUUCAAACUAUAUAUGGGUCGUGUGGUGAUUCCAGUGAGGUUUUAUAUUCUAUCUUUCUUGACAAUUAACUAACCAAUAUAAUAUUAUCAUUAUGAAAACGAAAUUUAUGAUACAUUUUUAUAUUCUUAAACGAUGAGAGUAUUUCUUUGAGUGUUCGGCCUAUAUAUGCUUUCUUUAUGUAUCAUACAGGUUAAUAGACUUAAAACGUAACAUAAAAAUAUAAAUAAUUAAAUAUCAACAUUACAACUUAUAAGCUAGUAUGAAAAUAUCCCAACGGGAAAAGGAGUCACGCAGAAGAGAACCAGAACAGUCUACCCGUACCAGGUCAGCACCACUUAAUAUCUCGAUUAGAUUCCACGUGGCGUGCUCUGCUUCCCUUAACUUCUUCACUCACAUCUCUCUCUCUCCCUUUCUUUCGGGCACCGCCCAAUCUCCACACUCUCAGCCACUGCUUGGCACCGCCACCUCCGCCGCCGCUUCCGUCGGCCCUUCUUCCCCUCUUCCUUCCCCAACCCCACAUAUGCUUCUCAAUCACUCUUCCCAUCACCAUUCCCCAUUUCCCCCAUCCCAAUACUCCUUCCUUCCUCUUCUAACUCGUACAAACAAACCCCCUUUCCAUUUUCCCUUCCUCUUCUGAAUCGGAAAUGGCGGCCAGGUCUUUCACAUUCCCGCCACUGAUCGACAGGCCGCUGCUCUCUCUUCCUUCACCUUCUUCUCGCUCCGUUUCACUCCCUCCAUGGCGGCCUUCAUCCUUCCCCGCCGUUCACUUCCAGAAGUCAUCCAUCGUCGGCUACUCCUUCGCUCCCUUGCAUCUACGCCGGCGUCCCCUCGUUCGCCGUUCCGCCGGCGAAUCGGACGUCCCUCGGCCUCUCCACGUACACGCCAAGCAUGAGGAACCAGUGGAGGUAAAGAGGACCGAGAUCUUUCAGCAUUGGGAUUCCUGGACAGCGAAAUUCGCUGCGGCAGCAAACCUCCCCUUCUUGCUGUUGCAAAUACCGCAGAUUACUCUCAAUGCCCGCAAUCUCAUGGCCGGAAACAAUGCUGCCCUUUUGGCAGUCCCAUGGCUUGGAAUGCUUACGGGUUUACUAGGUAAUCUUUCACUGCUCUCAUACUUCGCCAAGAAAAGGGAAACAGAGGCGAUGGUGGUUCAAACUCUGGGAGUGAUCUCCAGCUACAUUGUGCUCACACAACUGGUCAUCGGGGAAGCAAUGCCUCUGCCUCAAUUUGUCGUGACCUCGGUAGUUGUAUGGGUUGGGGUGUUACUAAACUACCUGAACUACUUUGGAAAGCUUAAUGCCGGUGUUUGGAGCUUCUGGGAAGACUUCAUUACUGUUGGUGGACUCUCCGUUCUUCCGCAGCUCAUGUGGUCGACAUUCGUGCCAUACCUUCCGGAAUCUAUCUUGCCAGGGGCAGUAUCAUUUGUGUUAGCUCUAACAGCUGUCGUCAUGGCAAGGACAGGCAACCUCUCCGAGAAAGGAGUGAAGAUUAUUGGUGGAUUAUCUGGAUGGACUGCAACCCUUCUCUUUAUGUGGAUGCCAGUAGCCCAAGCGUGGACGAAUUUCCUUAGACCUGAAAACAUCAAAGGCUUAUCAGCUUCCUCCAUGCUGCUUGCUAUGAUUGGAAAUGGACUUAUGAUUCCACGUGCACUCCUUGUUCGCGACUUUAUGUGGUUCACAGGUUGCGCAUGGGCUUCACUGUUCUAUGGCUAUGGCAAUGUAUUAUGCAUGUACUGUUGCAAUACAGUGAGCAAAGGAUUCUUCGUGGCAACAACGGUUGGUUUAGUUUUGUGGAUAGGAAUGACGUUCUGGAGAGAUGCUGUGGUUUAUGGGUACAGGUCACCUUUCAGCUCCCUGAGGGAUCUGUUUAAGCAAGUCUCGUAAAAGGCACGCCGAACUUUCAAUCUCAGUAGACAUUGAGGAAGGAGGGGAAAUGACUUGCGGAAGCUGAGUUCAAUCUACCCCAUGAUCUUAAUCCAGAGGGAAAAUCACUGAAGGAAGAGAUGUCGAAGUGCCUGCAAGUGAGCAAGGAAAAGAUUGCAGCUUAAUCCGGCUGAUAACCAUGAAGCCUUCUUUGGGAUUGGGUGCUUCUUGGACUUCCACGCUAGUAUACUACUAAGCAUAAGCAAUGUAAAUUACUUUUGCAUCAAGUGUCAGAAGUUUCAAAGGUUGGCUUUCCACCAACUUUUUCUGCACAAGAACACUUGUGAAACCAGAGCUCAUUAUUUAUACCAUCAAUAAAAAUCGUUGGAUUCAAUUCAACUCCACAAGGAUAACCAAAUUUAUGAAAGAUCAGAGAGAAGCUCAGAAUGAUAGAGAAAAUCUAAUCGCUCUGUAGUUUUGGUCAGGAAAGACUAUCUAUAAUCAUAUUAUAAUCUGGGGGUGGUAUUAACCAACGUCAUCAUGCAAAAGUGUUAGACGAUCUCCAAAUGAGUGUCAAUCUGUUAAAUUUUUAGUUUAGAUUUGGCAAUUUCGCUCUACCCAAAUAUGUUUUUGGCUCCAAUGGGCAUAGUUGAAGUGCCAAUUUCUCAACUUUAACUUUUUGUCUUAAUCUAUUUUAGUGAUGGUUCAAAAAGAUAGGCCACGCCUAGGCGCAACGCAACUACAAAACGUUUUGUCCAGGAGUUUCGCGCCUAGUUAGAUACCGGAACACGUCAAUUGAGUAAGGUGAAUUAUAAGUCUCUCCUAAAAAUAACUAGAUGGAGAUAGGAAGUCAAUAUUAAAAGAAAAAAUUAACGUAAACUACGAAAUCAAUUUUCUAUACCAAUAUUUUCAAUAGCUCAAGAACUUUGUGGGCUAUUGUUCUAUGAUUCUAUGAAUACGUUAGCUAUGUUCUUGUCAUUAAGCGUUGAGUAAGUUAUUAAUCAUUUUAACUCAAGUGAGUAAGUGUUGUAGAUUACUAUUUCAUUCAUCAUGCAAUGUGAAUAGUUAUAUUUCUUCCAAUGCGUAGGCAUGCUUAGUCUACGCCUGGGCGAGCUAGACGCUAGGAAAAGUCUCAACGCCCGCCUUACACCUAAUGCCUUUUUGAAUAUUGAUUUUGGUAUAGAUAUCAUCAUUCUAUAUACAUAAUUCGUUCAUUAUUUUUAUAUAGGUAGUAAUAAUUAAUAAAAACAAACAUUUGUUUUUUUUAUUUGGCAUAAAAUUUUCAUCAUCAAAUAUGAUGUCAUCACCGAUGAAAACACAACAAUUGGUUCAUAUAACCAUAGAUUCAUCAUAUGUUUGUUAGAAUGAGUUGUGUCAUCAACUACUUAUCCAAUUUUAAUUAUAAUGAGUUGUGUCAUCAAUUGUUCAUCCAACUUUAAUCAUAAUAAGUUGUGUCAUCAAUUGUUUAUCCAACUUUAAUGAAAAUGAGUUGUGUCA